CCGGCCUGCGCGGCGGCGCGCCCUGCAGUCCCCGAGAGAGCGAGCCGAGAGCGGAGGACGAGCGCGCCCCUUCCCUUAGCGCGCGAUGCUGGCCUGGAAGGCGCUCAGCCUGGCCCUGAGCCUGCGGCUGGCGCUGGCGCGGAGCGGCGCCGAACGUGGCGCCCCAGCCUCAGCCCCCCAGGGGGACCUGCUGUUUCUGUUGGACAGCUCUGCCAGCGUGUCUCAUUAUGAGUUUUCCCGAGUUCGGGAGUUUUUGGGGCAGCUGGUGGCCCUGCUGCCCCUGGGCCCCGGGGCUCUGCGUGCCAGCCUGGUACAUGUGGGCAGCCGCCCGUACACCGAGUUCCCCUUCGGCCAGCACAGCUCAGGUGAGGCUGUCCAGGAUGCCAUACGGGCUGCAGCUCAGCGCAUGGGCGACACCAACACUGGCCUGGCGCUGGCUUACGCCAAGGAGCAGCUGUUUGCAGAGGUGGCAGGGGCCCGGCCAGGGGUGCCCAAAGUGCUGGUGUGGGUGACAGACGGCGGCUCCAGCGACCCCGUGGGGCCCCCCAUGCAGGAGCUGAAGGACCUGGGUGUCACUGUCUUCAUCGUCAGUACUGGCCGUGGCAACCUCCUGGAGCUGUCAGCUGCUGCCUCGGCCCCUCCUGAGAAGCACCUGCAGUUUGUGGAUGUCGAUGACCUGCACAUCAUUGCCCAGGAGCUGACGGGAUCCAUUCUUGAGGCCAUGCGGCCACAGCAGCUCCGUGCCUCCGAGGUCACGUCCAGCGGCUUCCGCCUGACCUGGCCGCCCCUGCUGACCCAAGGCUCUGGCUACUACGUGUUGGAGCUGGCACCCAGCGCGGAGCCAGGGACUGUGCGUCGCCAGCAACUACCCGGGAACGCCACGGGCUGGGCCUGGGUCGACCUCGCCCCUGACACGGACUACGAUGUGGCUCUGGUGCCCGAGUCAAACGUGCGCCUGGUGAGGCCGCAGUACCUGCGGGUGCACACGCUGCCGGAGGAGGCCGGGCCAGAGCGCAUCGUCAUCUCGCACGCCCGGCCGCGCAGCCUGCGGGUGACCUGGGCCCCGGCGCUGGGCCCCGCCGCGGUGCUGGGCUAUCACGUGCAGGUCGGGCCGCUUCUGGGCGGCGAGGCGCAGCGCCUGGAGGUGCCCGCGGGUCGCAACAGCACCACCCUGCAGGGCCUGGCGCCCGGUACCGCCUACCUGGUGACCGUCACGGCGGCCUUCCGUUCGGGCCGCGAGAGGGCGCUGUCUGCCAAGGCCUGCACGCCGGACGGCGAGCGCAGCCGCGCCCCGCGCCCGCUGCCGCCGGGGGCCGGGGGCCGGGAGCAGUGAGCCGGCCGCGCCGCCCCACACCGAGGGCCCCCUUCUCCCGAACCCGGCGGGGGAGGUGCCCACCGCCGAAACCAGGGCCUGCCCCGCGGCGAUUCCGCCCGAACCCCCACCACCACCACCAGAACUCUUCUGCGGCGGAAGGUCCGCCCUGCCCGGGCGGCUGCCUGCUAGGACGCAGGCCUCACCUGACUCCCCCGCCUGACCCUCUGGGCCUGACCCUCUGCUGCCGCUGUGGCCGCAGCUCGUGCCAUCGCGACCCCCUGCCCUACCUGGGCCAAGAGCUGGGCACAUGGCGCUGUCCUUUGGGCAAGAUUUAGCAGGAAGGUGGACAGGGGAUCCGAGGCAGCCUGAGAACCUCAGAUCCAGGACUGGCCUGAGCCCAGGACAGGAGGCAGCUGAGCAGAGCGGCUAGACCUCUCACUGUGUGAAGGACCAGACCCUCUGGUGGCAAGGGCUGGCAUUGGGUUGAGAGGGCUUGGUCCAGCUGAUGGUUCUGAGUCCCUGCGGCCACUCAGAUCCUAGAUGUUGGUAGAAGGUGGAUGAGGGGGGCAAGGAGCUGCCUCUGGCCAGGGUCCAAAGUCUUCCCACAAGGGGACAGGAUCUGUAAAACGGCAGGGAAGGAGGAGUGGUGGCAGGUUGAUGGUGUGGUUACCGGGGGUGUUUAGUUGGCCUGAGGGUAGUGCCUGCUGGGGACAGUGGCCUUGCCUUCCUGCCGCAGGACAGCCACCGGGAUGCAGAUGACACCUUUCUGGAGACAGGAGGGCUCUUUGCUCCCAGCACCCCAAGGGAGUGCUGCUUCUGAGUGGGCAGCUUCCACAGAUGUGGUUCCCCUGGGUGGGUUCACCCCAGCGAUUCUCUGCGGCAUCUUCUUACCCCACCUCCUGUCAUGACUAUUAUCCUGGGGCCACCCGGCAAGUCCUGAGAGCAGAACCCGGUGUCCCUCGGUCCCACCAAGGCAUGUACUCCUCUGUCUGCACCACUCAGUGCUCACUUUGCCUCCUCCCCACUAACAUCCAGACUUUAAAAUACAGUAAAUUAGAUGUAAACUGA